GUGGAGUCGCUCCUGUAGGAAAGGCUUCUGUUCCCACCAACUGUGUGUCGCCCUGUAGGUGGCUGUUGCGUCACAGAUCUGGGCACAAAGUUCAGCCUGAGCCCACAGAUAGAUGUUCGGAUGUUUUAACAUCCCAGAGAUGCGGGGCAGCCUGUGUCUUUCUCGUGGACUGAGGGUGGAGCAAGAUUCUCGAAGGUUCCCAGAGGGUGGGACACUAGAAUUAAUCACUGGGUUUGGGGCGGGGCUAUCUUAGGUCCCUGGAGGGGCAUGACCAAUUUAAAUUAACUGGAGGCAGAAUAAGGUCUUUUAAAGUUUCUAGAGGGGUGGGUUGUAUAUGUCAACUUCUACGCUGGGGACCAGGAGCAAGACCUGCCCUGGACAGCUGUGGAAAGACCAGGUUAUGACCAACGAGGGGCGGGGAAUGUUAAACAUUCAGGUUGGGGGGGAACCACGGCAGAGGGUAGGGCUCCCAGGAAAGACAGGGCCGGGUAUUGAUAAGUAAUUUGACAGAGGCGGGACCACCAGUCACUCUACUCAUAGUGAGGUGUGGUAUGUAAGUCCGUCAGUGGGCCUUCCUCUCCUCCCCCAACCGUGUACAGGUAAAUCACAGGCUGCUGGCCCCGGCUUCCUAGAGGGCCUGAGAAGGGGCUGGGCACAAGCAAAGUAUCUGAAGAUGGAGGGCUAGGCUCUCUAAGUCCUACCCCAGUGGCAGAGUAUAUGUAGAUCAGUUGGGUGGAGAGAAGCCUUACUCCGAGGCUCCCAUGAGGCCGUGAGAAGCAAGGAGCAUUUGUAAAGUAUUUUCGUAGGGUGGUAACUGUCUCCCUAAAGCCCCCAAAAGGAGGAGCACAUAUAAAGUAGUUGGAUGGAAUGGGACAUGGCUCCCUUGAGUUCCUGAGAAGCUUGAUAUACAUGUAAAUUGACUGGUUGGAAGGGACCAGGCUCACUAAGGUAACCCCUCCCCAGGGAAGGGUGUCAUUUUGGGUUGGCCUAGAAGCUGGGCGUGGACCGGGAGCGCCAUAGGCAGUGAACAGUUCUGAUGCUCCGCCUAGUUCGUUGGCCUCCCUCUAUGUGAAGCAGGCGGGGCUCCUGGCGUCACAGUUGGGGCUCAGCGCUGUGGACCGCGCGUCCAUGGAGGCCUGGACCGAUUCCUCUGAGGGGCCCGCGGCCUGCCGCUUCUUCCUAGAGGGCCGCUGUCGCUUUGGUGCGCGCUGCCGUCGGCCGCAUCCCGGGGCCCCAGCGCUGUCCUCCAAAGUCUCUCAGACAGACACUGAGUCCAAGAAGCCGGCUCUGCGUACUGCCGCUGACGUCAUCCAGCGCAUCCGCUGGGACCCGCGCCUGGACCCUGUUGACUUUUCGGUUGGCUACACCGACCGCUUCUUGGGUGUGCAGGAGGAGCCCUUCUGCGCCUUCUGUUGGGACGAGCCGCUGGCAGCGCUGGGACCUGAUGUGUUAGCAGUGCCGCAGCACCGUAUUCGCUACUUCCGCUUCCGGGGCUGCCUAGUGUGGGACCGUGACUCACGUACAGACCUCAUUUUUGGCUCGGGCUCUGUGGCUGGACGGGGACCCACCAUACUCGAUGCACUGGACGGUGGGAACGAGCACUGGCCAGAGGUCUCGCCAGAAACUUCUGACACAAAGAAGACAGGGGUGGCUUCUGAGGGCCAGGCCAUCCCUAGCGAAGGUGGUGGAAACCUUCCUGGAGCUGGUCUUGAUUCCUGUCUGGAGGCACACAAAGAGGGUGAGGCAAUCAAAGAGACCAGAACUGGGCUUGAUUUGGGCCUGGGGACACAUAAAGUGGAUGGGGCAACAAAAGAGAUCAUCUUGAAUGGGACAACUGAGUUAGAAACACCAGACCCAAGCAUGUGCUUUUCAGGGGUAAAAGAGAUCAUGAACUCAGUAGAGGUGUCGAGGGCUACACCGCUUCCGUGGUGGCAGGCGCGGGCCACGGAAACGUCAGGACUUUCUGCUGAAGAGAUGGAAAGCGAGUGGGAGCCAGGUGCUUGGCCUGAUGACAGAAGGGCCCCUCGCCAGCCCCGGCCUACACAUUUCGUGGCACUGAUGGUGACAGAGCCUGGGCUUAGGGCUGAAGUGGUCAAGGCCCAAGAGCAUCUGGUCCAGAUUGCCCCUUCCUGUGCUGCAUUUCUGGUACCAGCACCGGCCCUGCACCUGACAAUGGUCUUAUUAAGGCUGACAGGCCCUGGAGAGGAGGCUGCAGCAGCUAGGGCUCUGAGGAAAGCCCUCUUGACACCAGGGCUUCAAGCACCUUCUGAACUACAGUUCCGGGACUUGGUUCUUCUGGGCCAUCAUGUGCUCUGUGCCACACCCUCCCCAACACUGGCAGGCAUGGCCCAAACUCUGAAUCAAAGGCUAAAAGCUGAAGGGUUGAGAGUGGUACAGCCGCCAGGGCAACUACAGCCACACCUAACCCUGGCUAAGGUGCCACGUGGAUCUCAGGUCUGCCUUCCUAAGCCUGGGUUCAUCCUGAACCAGGAGCUAGGGAGGCACCCCUUAAGGAAACUCUGGCUGUGCCGCAUGGCCAGAGCAGGGCAUAACUACCUGCCCCUCGCUGAGAUUCCCCUUAAGUGACAAAGGCUCCAAACUUCAGAGAAGAAACAGACCAAGUUCUCUGUC